CGAGCUCCUACCCGGAGGCCAGUCAUCGCCAUCCCCCGCCCCUCUCCGGCAAAGAUCCUAUAGCAGAGCUCCGCUGUAUGAUCUUUGCUAUCCGGCGCCUCCCACGCCCUCCCCGGCAACCGAGAGCCCAGAGCCGACGGCGAAGAGGCGGCGAGAGCCAUGCAGCUGCGAUCCCGCUCCCGCCCGGAGCCCGGCGACCGGGAGGGAGGGCAUGGCGGGCUGCCAGAGAGGACCACAUACACGGCACAGAUCAGGAAGAGAUCGUCAACCUGCUGCUGAACAAGGGAGUGUCACCCAACAACGAGGAGGACAGUCAGUGCGGUGGCACCACGGUUCUACACGAUGCCCUUGCCAACGGAUUUCUGAGUGUCGCACACGUGCUCGUCGACAAUGGUGCCAGCCUCACAGCUCAGGACAGUGAGGGUCGAACUCCAGCCGACUCCCUCAUCAGCUGGAUGAAGAAUCUGAAGGAGCCAGAUCCCGAGGUAAUGCAUCAGUGUGAAGGCAUGCUGGCACGGCUAAACUCACAUGGCACCAUGGAGUCAGAGCUGACCAUCUGUAUCACGGACGUGCAUUCAUUGGUGCCGAAUGAAGCCAAGCUCUCCUCCCUGGCGUCCAGUCCCUCCUGCCAGCGCCCCAGCCGGACCACCUGCCGGCCUCAACGCCCCUCCGCAUCUGCCGCUGACCGCUCCCGCUCUCGGAGUGGCCAGAGAGACGGGGAGGAGUCGGAGCGAGAGGAUGGAUACCCGUGGCUGAGGUCGGCGGAGUGGACCUGGAGCCCGGAAGCAGUCCUGGAUGAGACUCCGGGACCGAGCGGAGGGGUCUCCCAGGAGGAGCCGGGGCAGGAGAGUUCGUCCCUGACUGUGUUGGGGCACCAGGACCCUGGAGGAACCCUGGAUGGUGAGUGGCUGGAGGUGGAGAGGAAGAAGGAGGCAGGGAGCAGCAAAGAGCUGGAUCGGAGCUGUCUCCCGCGAGAGCAGACCACCCUGGACCCCAGCCCGUCUCGCUCCCCCUCGCCCCCCGCAGAAGCACCCAUGGACGAAGGCAGCAGGAGCCCCACAGAAGCCCAGAUCCAGACCCCCGGGGGGAGCGCUGCGCCCUCAUUGCCCCCAACCCUGCGGGUCAGGGUGUGUGUCCUGGACAAGGUGUUCCUCAUCCCCGUCUCUCACAGCCCCUUUGCCUCCCCCACAGUGUCCUGGCUCGCCACGGAGGCUGCAGGCCGCUCGGCCCUCAUCUGGGGAUACCGGCCCCAGCUCACCCUCACCUCUCACCGUGCCAUCCUCUCCCCCGACGACCUCCUCACCCACACACUCCGUGACAACGAGCAGCCCUGCCCUGCCCCGCACCAGCCCUGCUCCGCACCAGCCCUUCCCCUGCCCCGUACCAGCCCUGCCCCGCACCAGCCCUGCCCUGCCCCGCACCAGCCCUGCCCUGCCCCGCACCAGCCCUGCCCCGCCCCGCACCAACCCUGCCCUGCCUCGCACCAGCCCUGCCCUGCCUCGCACCAGUCCUGCCCCGCCCCGCACCAGCCCUGCUCCGCACCAGCCCUGCCCUGCCCCGCACCAGCCCUGCCCCGCACCAGCCCUGCCCUGCCCCGUACCAGCCCUGCCCCGCACCAGCACUGCCCUGCCCCACACCAGCCCUGCCCUGCCUCGCACCAGUCCUGCCCUGCCCCGCACCAGCCCUGCCCCGCACCAGCCCUGCCCUGCCCUGCCCCGCACCAACCCUGCCCUGCCUCGCACCUGCCCUGCCCCGCACCAGCCCUGCCCCGCACCAGCCCUGCCCUGCCCUGCACCAGCCCUGCCCCGCCCUGCACCAGCCCUGCCCCGCCCCGCACCAACCCUGCCCCUGCCCCGCACCUGCCCCGCACCAACCUUGCCCCGCACCAACCCUGCCCCGCACCAGCCCUGCCCCGCACCAGCCCAGCCCUGCCCUGCCCCGCACCAACCCUGCUCGGCACCAGCCCUCCCUCACCCCAGCUUUGCCUCACCUGA